CUUACGUAUUAUUAUUAUUAUUAUAUUAUACCGCGUGUGCCGUACGAACCGUAACAUUUUUUACCUUAUGGUCGCCGUCUUCGACUACCUAUACGAUAGCAAAAGCAGCAGCAACAGUGUCGUGUUCGACGAAAUCGAGUGAGUAGUUAUAAGCCCACCCGUCUCCUAUAUACGUUAAUAAUAUUCAGAUAUUCGUAUUCUCGAUCGAUCGAUUUCGUUUUACUUUUUUAUUGAAAAAAAAACGUUAUUUUGCUCGUCGAGUGCGCUGUUUUAUAACGUUAUCAAUUACUAUUAUUUAGGUACGUAGGCCGGCGCGAGACGAUAUUAACGGUUUAUCUUUCCCGUCACACGGUGUCACCGUACGUUUGCCGAUACUCGAUGGAUAUCUCGAUUUUUUUUUCGAUCGGCGGUUCGAGUUAUUUUACAGUAUAAAAUAAUAAACGCACCCCGGAAGUUAAAAUCCGUUUAUUAUUGUUUUUUUUUUUUUUUUUUUUAACAAAUGCAACUUGUACCGGACCUGGACGAAUUUUAUUUUUUUGCAGAUUUUAUAAUAAUUAUUGGGUAUAACUGUUAUUUUUUUUUUCUCAAUUGUAAUACAGGUUGGAGGCCAGCAAUAAUGAUACAAUUGUUACGAAUUUUCCACGGACUCUUCGCGGAGUUUUCCAUUCGGAUGACCCUAAAUUGCCGGGCGUGCUCAAGUGAACCGCCGAAAUUUCGUGUUCGAGCCGCCUCCUCUUUUAGUGACACACGUAUAUCGUCGGAUAGGUAUACAUCGAUUACCCCAUCGUCGUCGGAUCGUCGAGACCACGCGUUAUCGAAGACCGCUUUUUUUUUUAUUUCUUCUUUUUUUUUUUUUUUUAUUUCUUCUUUUUUUUUUUUUAUUAGGCAUUGGUCCAAAAUAUUUGGCGACAAAUUCCGCGAGGGGAUGCGCGACGACGACGACUGCGGUCGAGACUAAAAUACACGUGCAUUUUCGUAUAUUCCGUCGUCUUCCACCAGUCUCUUAUAAUAUGCCGUAGUAUACGCAUUUGUUUUUCCUUUUUUUUUUUUUUUUUUUUUUCCAAUACCGUACAACGAAAAUAGAUCUCGACCGAGUAUACGUUGUGGCCGUACGACGACGAUAGAUGAGUAAUUAUAGGUGAACAUUGGCUCCGUGACUCCAUAAUAAUAAUAAUAUAAUAAAUACGGUUCGCGGAUAUUCACAUAGGACAAAUUCAUUUUUGAGGUGGUAAGACACUCAACUCUCGCAUUCCCUCCCUAUAAUAGGAAUUUAAAAAAAAAAAAAAAAACGCGAUUUUAUAUUAUUAGAUAAAUCCCUCUCAAUAUAAUAUGUGUACUGUUUCCGUCGUAUAAUCGUAUUUUUCGUAAUAUAUUUCCUACGUAUGAUGCGUGGGUGGACGACGAUUGUCUUUUGUUCGUUUUAAUUUUUUGAUUUUCUCGUGAUAUUAUGUUAUCAGUUGGUUAAAAAAAGGUUUCACUCAAAUGUUUAGAUCUUCAAUACGAUUUAUAGUGUUUGUGAACAACAAAUUUAACAAACAAAAAAAAAAAAUAAUAAUAAUAAUAGAACAAAAACUUGACAUUUAUUAAAGAAAAUUGCGUAGUUGAAACUUUUUAUGAACUGUCAAUUAAAGUUCAUUGAAAACGAUAAUGGUUCAAUUUUCUACUUGCAUUUUUUUUCGUGCUUAUUAUUUAUUUUUGAUUUUUGAAAAGUAGUAAAAUGAGUAUUUAGAUUAAACAAAUAAAACAGCUAUUUAUUUUUUUUUGUUGUUGUUUAAUUUUAUGUUCAUGUUCUCCAGAAAUCAUUUUGAAGAUCUGAAAAUUUGAGGGAAACCUUUUUUUUUACUCUGCCGAACAAAUUAUCGCGAGAACAGCAAAAAGCAGAAAAAAAUAAAAUCCUGAUCCGCCCUAAUGUAUAUAUCAUAUAUGGUUUUAUAUAAUUAAUCCGCGCUUUUGAAGGUUGAAUUUUUUUCGUAUUGUUAUGUCCGUGUUAAUAACUUUUAUCAAAAAGAAUAAAAAUAAUAAUAACGAUCACAAACAAAUAAAACAAUUUUUUUUUUUUUAAUAAUUAUAAUUUCGUUUAAUAACUAAAAACGAGAUAUUCUUUGUACAUAGUACGAACUUUGGAACUUAGGGGACUGGCAGAAAUAUUUUUUUAUGAUCAAGUUAUUCAUAGCCGGGGAGGGAGCUCCUAUUUGCGUCAAUAUUGCUUUGUAGUCGGUGUAAACAAUUAGAGACAAUUAUGUUAUAUAUUUUCUGACGACGAAAAUGUUGUAAUAUACAAAUAUGAUUGGAGAAAUUAACGAGUACUCUACCCCUGCCGUCUAUAGGAUAAUAAUAUACGAAUAUUUUCGAAAUAUAUAUUUAAAGGCGCUGUAUAGGAACCUAAAGUGUUAUAAUUAUCGGUUCUGGCGUGCGAUGUUACACACAAAUGUAUAUUAAACAAACCACAUCCACUCAUUUCUUCCCCCUCAACCAAGAACAAAAACGACCUUAUUUUGAUCACUGUCGUAUACGUAUAACAGUAGACCCUGUAGUAAGAUGAUUUUUUUUUCUUUGCGAUUUGUUAAAUUAUAAUAUUUCUAUAUCGAUUUAAUAACAAUAAUAAAAACCGGAGGUUUACAUCUUUGAGGCCGUUUUCGCUAUUACUCUUGUUUACUAUAAUGCUAGUAUACAUAAUAUAUAAAUGAAAUUGGCCAGCCUCCUGUACUUAUAAUUUGCUAAUACUAUAAAUCCUAGUGAAAAAUUCGCAUUUUUUUUUUCUGGUAAUCAUUAAAAAAAUUUCGUUUUUAUCGUCAGUCAUCUCGUACCGUAUAAUAAUGUUGUUAAUUCCUAAAAAGAAUUUAAAAAAAAAAAAUAAUAAAAAAAUUACUCGUUAAUAGAACGUAAAAAAAUAUAUAAAUAUUUAAACAUUAUAUUAUAAUAUAUACAAUGGAAAUGAUGCGAAUUCGGCAAUAUUCACCAUGAUAUAUUAUUAUGAGAUACGCUGCGAUAUUAUAUCGUACAUUUUAUGAUUUUGUCAGAAUUGCAAAAUCACGAAAAAAAUCUACUUAGAAAAAAAAAAUUAAAAAAAUAGAAAACGGGAACUAAAUCUCCUGGUGUAGGCUUACACGUAUGAUGUGUCUGUGUGUGUGUGUGUGUGUGUUUGUCUGUGUUUAUAUGUAUGCCAUUAUUGACUAGUACACUUAUUUUUAUUAUUAUUUUUUUAUUUUUAUCGAAACAGUGGCUUUCCUUUCUAUAACUUCCAGAUUCUGUUUUUUCCAAUAAGAUUUUUUUUUAAUUUUUUUUUUUUCGUUUUUAUAUAUAUAUAUAUAUAUACAUUUUUUUUAUGUAAAUAAACUUGUUCGUGUCGUCUUUGUCUGUUUCUUAUUUCUUUUUACGUGUGUUCGCUCCGUGUAAAAUUAGCGACCAGUUGAAAUUCGAACCCGUAAUAUCUAGAUGAUCUCUCUCUGUGUCUCCACCGUCCGCCGGCCCGAUCGUUUCGCUGCUCCCCGUCGCCUGCGCGCACGCGGAAAAGUACACGACGCCCCGCGAGAGGCGCAUUGUUCUCGGUGCGCAAAAAAAAAAAAAAACAAAACAAAAAUAAUAAAUAAAUAAAUACAACCUCCUCUCUCGUGUGUCCGUGUAUACUUAGUGCGCUCCUCCUCGUAAAACCACUAGCCGCCGCAGAGGUAGAUGGCUAAGUACCUCAUCGCCGUAUAAUAUCGCGGGACCGAAGGUGUAUAUAAUAUAUAUUGUAUAAAAAAAAAUCCGACUAUCGGUUUCGUUUGUUUAUAUUAUUACUACGCGUUUCGAAUAUUAUAAUAUUAUAAUAUAUAUAUAUAUUAACUUUGGUUUAAAUCAAUUUUGUUUGGUUUACAACACGAGCAAAUUUCAUUUCGAAAAUACACACGCUCGUAACAAACUGAUACACGUAUACGCUACACACAUACAUCUUUAAAAUGCAUACGCUUAUCCGCCCGAAAAUAAAGGUGGAAAAAACAUAAGACAAAAUAACCAAAAAAUUAGAUAUUUACUCAAGUCCUUCUUCCCCGAUGGGAUCAAAUUUAUAUAUUAUUACGGACACAUUGUUCACGUUUGUUUUUAUUAAUACGUGUUUUUUUUUUUUUUUGUUUUUCUCUUUGAAUUUUCUUCCGUGCGAUCUUCAAGACGAUGAUAGUGCGGUUGUGGCUGUCGGUGUUAAUGGCCGAGCUGUUGACUGCACCGUCGGCGGUGGACGCGUCGAUUCAUUUACUGCAACACGGAACCUUGUCCGGAAAACCAUCGCAACUAGAACAAACGAUGGACAUGAUACCUCAUAACCAGGAGUGCAACAGAACAGUUACCAAAGCCAAAACAAAGUAAGUCGGAUUUACGCACCGAAAUAGUAUUUUAAUUACGGUUCUAGACCUAUAUAGCAUUUGAAACCAAUUUUAAAGCAUCUAAAUAACUUCAUUAUUACCCCGAAAUAAACCCUUAAACAAUAUUUAAAAAAUUAUUUUUCUUUCGCAAUAAACAAAAAUAGACAAAAAUGACAAAUUUUCAUGAGCACUGCUAGAUUUAAUGAUACGUCAAAAAAAAACAAGCAAAUACUAUAAAUCCCUAACCCUGAUUAUAAUUAUUAUUAACACGGUGGGAGGUCUGAGUGAAAUACACUGCAUUAAAUAAUCGUAAACUGUACCAUUUAAAUUAAUUUCCAAACAAUAUCUCGAAAUGAGAGUAUUGAACAAAUAUUGAAAUGCGCUGAAAUACAUUUCGUGAAAUAUAACAGAACUAACCAGCCCCUAUUUUUCAUAUAAUUUCGUACUACACAUUUUUAAUGUACAAUGAUAUGAAACAGAGCCGUAAGGGGAAACACUCCCACACUCCCCCACACUCCCAUUUACCUCACUAGCUUCUUCCAUAUGGUUGUAAUUUUUAGUACAAUAUCAACUUUUUUUUUUUUAGUAAUAAUUCUUUUUAUUAAUCAAACUGCACAUUAUUAUUAUAUAACUACUAAUCUAUUAUUAUUUUAUAAACAAAGAAAAUAUAUUUAUGUCGGGUAUAAAUCUGAAAACUAUUAAAACAAUAAUUUAUUUUAAUGUGGGAUUAAUCAGCUGUCUUGCUUAAACUGGCUUCCUGAAUAAUACUUUCAUAGGUAUUUUCGAAUUCACAUUAAGUAUAAUAUAACGUCAUAACAAAUAAAAUACCCCGUCAUUUAAGAACACAUUUUAUGAAUGUACACAAUAAUAAAAUAUUUACAACUGAACCUCGUUCGUCUUGAUCGUUGAUUGGAUAAAACCGUGUAAAAUAUUUUUCAACUUACAUUUGAAACUUGUGAUAACAUAUCAGCAAUCAGUUACAGAGCACAGACAAUGAUAAAUUAUGUAUAUUGUAUAAUAAAGAGACUCCUUCACUAAUAAUUACGAUAGAUUUAUAUCUGGAGUCUUCGCUUUUUACAAUAUUAAAAGUUGAGAAAUAAAUAUCAUAUAAAAUGUAAAUAAUAACAAUUUAUUAUAAUUAUCAUAGAAAUAUUAUUUUUUUUAAAUUUGUAUAGUGUAUGAUACUAACUACCACCUGUCCAGUAAUCUUAUUUAUUUGUAUUUAGUAGGUACACACUUUUCGAAUCCAUAGUGCACACUUUCAAUUCCGGACUACACACUUUGUCAGGGUUCACUAAAAAAUAGGGGCUAGAACUAAAACAUGCGUAUUAAAAUAAACAUUUAUAUGAAAUAUGAAUAAAUCAAAUGUUUUUAAAUAGUAUAAUAUACGUAAAAAAUAAAAACGACAAAAUCAUUCAGAAAUGGACAAAAAAUAUAUAAAAAAAAAACAACCGAAAACUAAAGAAAAAAUAAAGACAAUUUUUCGAACUGAGUCUAUUGUUUUAUGGUAAUUCGAACUUUUUACCAAAAACAAAAUAAUUUUUCAUAUCAUAAAUGAACUAUAAAAACAAUGUAUUUGCUGCAAAUUCACUAAUUCACAGCCAAUAUAAUCUGUCUUAUCUUAAAGUUCUGGAUACGAAACUUGUUUUAGUUAGAUAUACAUAUAUCCAUUUUUACUAGUUGCACAUACAAUUUUGAUAGAGCGAUUGAGGAUUACUAAAAAUUAUUUUUUAUUGCACAAAAACUAUUUGUCAACUUAAUUUGUUUUAAGUAAUGCUUAAAUUAAAUCAUGUUUCAACUGUGGCUUAACUAUUUAAGUAUUUCUUAAACAUGUUUUCAAUAUUUUAAAAUACUAAUUACAGUUUAAAAUUUAUGAACUAAAAUAAUAUUACAAAAAGAAUAAAUUCGUUCUCGUGUUUCUUCUUAAUCUCAAAAUUAGUUUUGAUAUUGUUGUUUAUUGUUUUAGUUUUGUUUAUUUGAUAUAAAUUAGUUUGUAGUAAAUUUGUAAAAUAGAAUUUAUUAGGUAUGAAAUUUGUAUAAUAUGAUUGUUAAUUUACUUUUCGAUGAAGAAUUUGUCACUUGUAUGGAAUAUUUUAGGGAUCUUCAUCAUUUCGACGAUGAAGAUAAUUGGGUGUUUGUGAAAAAUGUUUUACCUAGAAUUUUAAACACCGCAGUUCAUAGCUGUUGAAAGUUAUGUAAAUCAUUCAAAAUCAUCAAAAUUGUUAUUUAAAAUUAUUACUGUUUGAAGUUAGGAACAAACCAUCGAAAAUAACCUUAAGUUUUCCUUACCUAAGUAUUUUUAAAAAUCGAUGGUGCAACACAAUCAUAACCUCAUUUUAAUUUAACGAUAACAUAAGUGAAACUUAAAUUAAGUGAAACUUAAAUUAAGUGAAACUUAGAUAAGUCGAGUUUAAAUAUGAAUGAGUUCAAAUGGACAGUUAUGUUCUAUAUUCAUUUAUUAAUGUAUAAAUACGAAAUUAUUGGUACAGGCACUGAACAAUUCACUUUUAUACACGUGGUACGGUGGAAUUUGAAUGUAAUUAUAAAAAAAUACCUGCGUCACGUGAAUAAUAAUAAUUUCAGAUUUUAUCAUUGAGAAAAAAAUCCAUUAUCAACGCGUAGAAUGUUUGUGUUAGAUUUUCAUUUAUAACAAAAGUUACGUGCGUUUUUACGUUAUUCAUAAAAACGUUAAGACUGCAUCUAAUUAUACCUAUGUUUUUAUGGUUAUAAAUUGAUAGUAUCAUAAUAUUAUUUUUAUGUGAUAAUAAGUAUUAUUAUUAAUUAUCGUACGAUGUAAUAAAUAUUGUAUAAUAAAUGAUUCAUUUUCGUUUUGAUUUAUGAAUCAAAAUAGUAAUACACCGAACGAUAAUAAUGAUUAUGAAUGAAAUUUGAAUAUUUUUUCAUUAUAAACGUACGAAUCCAACCUACCACCUGUAUAUUAUAAUAUUAUUUUAGCUAAUAUUGUGCAAUGUUAACUUAUCAGUAAAACGCGUUUUUUUUUUCAAAAAUACAAAAAUACAUAAAAAGUCAGUUUUUUUUUUUUAAAUACUUUAUAAAUAAUUAUUAUUAUUAUUAUCAUAUUAUGUAGGUGGUACCUAUUAACUAUAUACGUAUAGUUAGCCCGUAUAUAUACUAUCGGAACUGAUAAUAAUAGUACGAUUCUCGAUAAAAAGAAAAUGUGUAUUUUAAUAUCUAACAAACAAUAAAAUAAUACCUACCUACUUAUAAUUCUUAGAUAAAAAAAAAUAAUAAAAAUAAAAGAAUAAAUUUAUCACAUUUGAAAACGAAAUAUUGAGAUCAAUAGCGUAGGUGGAACACAACAAGGAGCUGCGUGAGAUAAUAAAAUGAUUGAACAUAACGAAUUCUAUAAUAGGGCGGAGAAUACACCGGUUUAGACGUGCAAUGCGCGAGUUAAAGGAUGACGGAAUCGAAGUAGGUACCUAUUGUUCUGUAUAAUAAAAGCCGUGAUCCGUCCGUCUGUAAACAUAUCUUCACACUGCAUUGUGUCGCCCAAAAUGGAACUCGUGCUGUCUGCUGAUCACGUGACCCCGGUUAAGCUGGUUAAACUUUGUUUCUGAUAGUGGUUACUUCAGAUACGCUAUAUCAAGGUCAAAAAAUAUUUGUGUUUUGUAUUUUCAAAUACGGUAUUUAGUUUUUUAAAUAUUUGAUUCAUGUUUGGAUAUUUUACAGAACCAAAGUGAAAAUAUGUUUUCAAUAACACAGGUAUUUAAACUGUGUACCUAAAAGUACAUUAAUUAAACUAAAAUUACAUUUUUAAUUAACUGUUACAAAAUUGUGUUAUCUUAUACCGUUCUAAUACUUUCUAUACAAAUUUUAAAUAGAUACCUACGCUACUAGAAAAAUAAAGGUUAAUAACCCAUAUUAUCUUGUUAAUAUAACAUAACAAAUAAUAAAUAAGUCAUACUAGAAUUUAUUGAUUUAAUCCAAUACAUUGUACAUUUUUUCAAAAAAAGUUGUUAUUAAUAAAUUUAAUGUUGGUCAGGCGGAAUCAAAGAAGACCCGGAAUAACUGGAAAAUAUGAAUUUAUUCGAUCGGGAAAAAUGUAUUAGAAACAUAAGUGGAAGACCUGCAUGUUGGGUUGACAGCAGCUAAUUAGGCUCUUAAUGAGUUGUUAGACCAGAGAAGAAGAACUAAGUGAGAGAUGAGACUUAUAUUUAUUUGCGAAACCGAAAACUAUAUAAAUAUAAAAAAGGUACCUAAUCGUACAGAAUAACAAAUGAAAGUAAAAGUUUUUUCUUCUAACAAACUUUUAUUGCCUAAAGUAUAACGUAUUAUAGCGUGUACCUGCGUGUUAUUUUCCAAUAUCGUAUAAUUGAAUAAUAUUUUAACGGUAUGUCUUAUGCAUUAUAAUUGUUGAACAAUAUUUGAUUGAAAACAGUUUUCUCGGAGUACUCAAAAUAUUGAAUAAUUACAAAUAUUACACUACAUUAUUAUCUUGGCUUUCUCACUUUUACCCAGAUUCUUUGAGCUGGUAUGGAAAUAACAUUUUAAUUAUUCUUCAAAUACUCAUCCAAUAUCGAUAUUAUAAAAAAACAAUUUCUUGUUCACUUUUAUUGAUUUUAAAGUUUUUGAGGUGUUUUCACGCAUCACAAUAAAUUUCCGGAAAAUAAAAACAAAUAUAAAAAAAAUUGCAAAUUGUUUAAUGUUGUUUGCUAAAAGUUGCAAAGAGGUUGCUAAAUAUUGGCACAGUUUCGGGGACCCUGUAAUAAUGUCUGGGGGCAAAUAUCACGUACGUUAAAAACCCAAUGACAUUUCCUCCAAAAUAAUGUUCUUUAUACAUUUUAUAAUAGGUACUUUUAAUCUAAAAUCGAAAUUAAACUAGUUUUACGUUCUAUUCUGCGUAAUCAUAAUUUUUGCUUGUUACCCGGUAGUAUUGGACUGAGGCUGUAGAUGCGGGUGUAACGUCCUCCUAUGGGUAUGCCCUUUAAUACAUCACCGAGUAAAAUAUACAACACCGGUGGCGAUGAUGAAUAGUUGACACACUGUAUAACACCCAUACGGUUUUAGAUUUAUUCACAGGCUGCUAUUUUGAUUAACGCGCGUAUAGUUUCAUACAUUUUUCUGCGUACGGAAAUAAAUCGACGAUCGAUCGGAUGUAAUAUAUUCGAACACGUUUUAUUAUUAUAAUAAAAAUUCAUUCGGAAACUCGUAACUAUAUAUAUUUAUAUUGUGAAUAUAAAAGUUCAAACCUCAGAAUCAAAAUACACAAAUCAUAUAAUAUUAUACAUAAAUACGAAAUUUUUUUUUUUUUGUUUGGUUCUUUUGACCGUAUUAUUAUAUAUUCAAUUUACAUUACAAGUUUACAUACCAAAAAAGAGUGUAUAAUCUCUACCUAUACGGUUUAUUGUACUCUCUCGUAUCAGAACUAUUCAAUAUAUUACAAUUCACGAGUUUUACAACGAUUUUCCGCAUACUUCUUAUGUGGGUUUACUUUAUUAUUAUGUUUUUAUUAUUUCUAUUUGGGAAGUAAGUUAUUAAAAAAAAUAAAACCUAUUUGUACAUAAUAAUAUGAUAAUGGGUAUAUUUACGAAAACAAAAAUGUAUACUUGGUGUGUAUUGUUUACAAAUGUUGAGGCGUAAUAAAAUAAUAACAUAAAAACCGUCUUCAGAAUGUUAUAUAAUAUAUUACAAGUACGUAGAAGUAAAAGAUUUGUACGCAUUAAUCGAACAAAACAAAUUUAAUAGUAAAAUCCACAAAUUCCAACUGAUAUACAUACCUACGUUUGUAACUUGAUAAGUUUAACUUGGUUUUGUACUUUUGCAGACUACUUCGUAUAUUUAAUGUCGAAACAGCAAAUUUCCGGGCUUGACAAUGCAUACAUUUUUUAUACAUUACAUUAUUAUUAUUAUUUCUUGAGGGUAUUUUUGGUAAAAAUUAUUUUUAGAUUCUGAGAAGAGUAAGAAUAAUGUAUUGAUUUUAUAAUGAUGUUUAUUUUUUCUUUUUUUUUUCUGUGAACAAUUUUUCUACCAGAAAUUUUGCUCUAAGGCUUUUCAAGUGUAGUACUUUUUCUUAAAGGAAAUCUGAUUGGAGUGAUACUUGAUUUUCUCAGGGGUUUUCAUAAUAAAUAGAAAAAAACGUGGGAAAACGGGAAAAUGUACAAAAUGUAUUAUUUUCAAAUCGUAUAUAUUAUGAGAGGCCAUAAUUUUCCGGAACGUAAAACCCCGGAAUGGAAUAUUCCGAAAUGUAAAAUUCAUGGAACGCAAAAAUCCGGAACAUAAAAAGUCCGUAACGUAAUAUUCCAUACCGCAAUAAUCCGGAACAAAAGAAUGUAAAAACACGGACCGUAAUAUUUCGAAAUGUACAAUUCCGGGAUUAAGUUAAAACCAAUGGGGUUCCCUAAAUAUUUUGAAUCGAGAAUGUUGUUUACACUUUAAACAUUUUUCUCCCGCCUAUUUCGCGACCCGUUUUCCGUAUAAAUAGAAAACCCAGACCCUCCCUGACUAUUAUACCCACUUUUCCGAAUUUAUAAUCGUCCUAUUUUCUCGUUUUGAGUUUAGUAUAACUUUAUCCCUUUGCUGGUAAUAUGCAUAGACAUUAUCUAUGACAAAUUUACUAUUUACUUUUUCGUGAUAAUAACAUUGAUAUUAUGGUCGACCGCAUGACAAAAUAGAUGAUUAGAUGGGAGCACAUAAUUUUCCGGAAUAUAAUUAUCUGGAAUGAUAAUGUAUAGGAAUAUUCAUGACAAUAUUUUAGAAACCAUUGACAUUUUUCCGAAAUAUUGCAGUCCGGAAAAUUUCAGUCCGGAUUAUUUUGCUCCGGAUAAUUUCAUUCUGGAAUUUUACGUUCGAGUUAUAACGUUUCGGAUUUGUAUAGCCUUUAUCCAUAUAUAACAGUCAUUCAAAACUCGUAAAACCGAAUUUUGAUCAAAAUCGUUUUUUAUUAGCAAUAAUUAAUCGUUGCGUACAGAAAAACAUUAAAUUUUCUCUCUACCUUCUCAAUUUUUCAACUAUAUCAGUGCCACCCAUUAUGCGGAGUAUGUCCGUUGGUUUUUUUUCCAUUCACACUCAAUCAAAUCCGAUAAAUGAAGAACGUACCAUUUUAUCGAUUAAGUUCCCCGUGACAAAUCGUUAAUACACAAUUAUUGCACAUUGUAUUCGCGUGCAAAUGCGCGUCUUUUGGACUGAAUUUCCGUCACGUCAGUAAUAAUUCAACGAUAAUCCGUCGCUAUAGAGAAAUGUAACUCAGUUAGUUUUUAUGUUUGCUAUUUAGUAUUUUUUUUUUUUAAAUUCGAAAUAUUCGAAGGGGUCCACUAGUGUAAUAUAUUAUAUCCGGCACCGCGUAUAAUAAUAUGCAUAAAUUUCGCAGACUUUUUUUUUCGUCCAUAAAUUAUCGCGGUCCGUGUCUAGGGCGGAACUAUUCUUAGAAACGUGAACAUAUAUUCGCAUAGUAUAGCGUAUAGUUAUUACCAAUACCUAUACACAAUAAUAAUAUUAUGUGGUUAUGCCAAAGAUAUCAUCGCUUUUUCGUUUUGUUCAGGUAGAUAGUUAAAAUUGCGGUGCGUCUAUAUUAUAACAAAUUAUAUAUUAUACACUAUAACUGGACUAUCAGGAAUUUUACUGUAAGGAAAAUAACUACAAAAAAAAUGUACCGCUAACAUACACGCAAUCGAUACAUUUUUUUUUUUUUUGUUUCCAAAUUAAAAUGGAUAAAAGAAAUUCUAAUAACUACGAAGUGAAUAGAAAAAAGACGUUCUAGCAUAAUGGGAACGGGUGCAGCUACUGUUAUAGAUCAUUUUAUGUAUACCUGUAAGCAACGAUAAACCAUUGCUUACGAAAAAACGAUUUUGAGCGGAGUUCAAUUGAUAGUGAUGCUUUGUCAACAAUAUAUAUGUCAUUUUAUAGUAAAAUAAUUAGAUAAUCUUUAUAUAUUUUCUUUAAUAAUAUUUGUUUAAUGUUAUCCCAAUUUUCACAAUUUCCCUACGAUUUUUCCGGUUUUCCCAUGAUUUAACCAGGUUUUUUACAUUUGUUGGAAAAACUCUCAAGAAAAUUGAAAAAUGACCUUCUUAGAGUACCUCCCCAUACCAAUUUUAUUUCAGAAAAGGUGCUACACUUAGAAAUCUGAACGUGUAUAUUCUGGUAGAAAAGUUGUUAACAGAUUAAAAAAAAAUAAUUAUCUUUGUAAAACCAUAAACUUCUAAACUUCACUCAGAAUCUAAAAUAAUAAUAAUAAAUCAAAUCUGCCAAUCAAGUUCUCGUGCGGAUUUACACGAAAAUUAUUAUUAAUAAUUUAAUUUUAAUUAAAUAUUUAAUUAAUAAUUUGUUCUAAUACUAUUAUUCUUUCACCGUGAAGUACUUAAUUUUAGAAUUACUCAAGUUAUGAUAAUACGAUAAGUAUAGGGUUUUUUUUUUCGAAUUGUCGAGUAUACGAAAAACGAAAUACCAGGCACAUAUUGGAUGAAUACUAAAUCCGAAAUGAUACUAAUUAGUUAUUGUAUUACAAUAACACGUCGAUUCAUCUCGAAUUAAUAAUUAUUAAUUUCAUAAUGAUAUGUUACAUACAUUUUUGUUGCAAUUUUGACACAUGUUUGUUAUUUUUUAUUUGAAGCAGUUUAAAUUAGUCAUUUUAUAACAGUAUUUUUUUCCAAAGUAUAAUAUUAUAGCAGUACUAGACUUUUUUUUCGAAUUAUGCGAAAUUGUGACCUUGAAAAUCACUGUCUACAACUCAACAGGUAGGCACCUGUAGAUAGCAGACCGUCAUCAAUUUAUUUAUUUUUUGUUUAAAUUAUAGCUCGUAUUUUUAAUUUAAAAAAAAACCAAACAAACCAAAAAAAUUCGUCCCUUAGACAUAUAAGAAUGUCACCGGUGAAAAAAAAUUUAGAUGCUUUAUAGUACUGUAUUCACUGCGAACAUUUUUCACGUGUUACAUUAAUAAUAAUUAGUGAACAUAUAUUGCACGAGUUGAGUGAUUCAUAACUGUAGUAAACCAAAGACAUUCGCCAAGUCGAUUGGGUUGUGUUACUCAUUGCAGGGAUUUUUUUUUAUGUUCUGACAACUCCGCCACAUGUUGAUUUUGUUAUAACUAAGUAUUCGGUAUAUUACCGUACAGGAUGUCCCACAAAGAUAUAGAUACUGCGAUAUCUUGGAAAGUAUUAUAAAUUUUUAUCGAAAUUUUUUGUAUUUUGACAAUAAUUUAAGAAACAAGCAAUUCUAAAAUGUUACGUUACCAUUAUUUUUCGUCGCCUUUAUUUUUCUGGAUGAAACGAUUACGUAAUUUUGGUUUUCAAACAGCAACCUUUAUUAAAAAUGCCAUAAAUAGAUGAAGUAUUAAUUUAAAUACAUUUUUGAUUUUCAUCAAACUGUUGAUGGGAUAUUCAAUUUUUAAAUUCUGGCAAAUGGAAAAUAAUGGAGCAUCAUUUGUGUGGUGGCACUGCGUGCGGCGUUUAAAUAGUGCUACAUUUUAGAGCUGCUUGUUACUAUAGUUUGUCACAAAUAAUAAUUACAAUAUUAGUGUAGUAUAAUACUAAUAAUAAUAUAGUAUAUAAUACUACUAUUAUAAUAUAGUGUAAUUUCUUCGUGAAACACCCUGUAUACGUAUAAUAUAAAGAUUUAUUUUAACCUGUAUAUAGUAACGCCAACAUGAAAAUACAAAUAUAAAAUACGUGGUGGACAACAAAACAGAUCAGAAAUAGUUUAAUUUAUAACGAAUACAUAGCGAAACAAAUUACAGCAAUGUAUAAUUUGUUAUAUACUACAUUAUAAUAUUGUAUUAAAAGGUACAUUCGGGCAUACGAUAACGACAAAUUCUCGGUUAGAUUCCUAUGCCACGGAAAAUAAUGUAACCAUAAAACACGUAUACGAUUUCAAAAUACACAGUUACAGCUGCUGCUACUAGCUGUCGUAUAGUUGGCAGAUUUACCCCUCCGCGUGCUGUCUUGACGUGUGUGAACAUGUCGUUUUUUGCCUUCCGAAUAUUGCUAUUAAAAUGCAUAGAUCGUGUUUUACGAAACAUAUUUCUUUACUUUACAUGCAUACGGUUAAAAUAUCGAGCACAUUAUAAUAAUAUAAUGUUAUAUAAUAUACAGAGUGAUGUCUUUCAUUGAAUAGGUAACUCGAAUUAUUUCAGCCGAAUAGCCUCAGAUCAAAAUUGACGUUUCUUUAAGGAACGUGCGGGGAAGGAACAUAUUUUCAGCCGAUUUUCAAAAAUCCGGAUCGUCCAAAAAACGGAAACGCCUAUUUAUAAAACCCUCGAUUAAAAACAAUAAACAAACGAAAAAAAACGCAUGUAUUUAAAAACGAAGAAGUUUGAUUAUUGGUAUUUAGGAACAAAAUUAUAAUUAUUAAUAAUUGCAGAAUUACAAGUACCUAACAUUUGAAAUAAAAAAAAUAAUCAGAUUUAUUUGCUUGAAAUUGAUAAAUGCAUAUGAAAAUUCAAAUCCGUCGAUAAAAUAUAAGCGUUUAAGAAAAUAUAAGACCUAUAGCUCGUGAGCGUGGGUUAACAUUUUUAAAAUAAAAGCUUAAAAUGUAUGUUUUAAGCAUAGCAUCGAAUCAUCGAUCUUCCUAAAAGAAACAAAAAAACUCCUUUUCAGUAUGUGCCCAUCCGAGUGAAAAACAUUUCGUGUUACCGUUUGUGUGAAACACACUGUAUAAUGUUAAAUGAGUGUAACGUUUCGGAACAUAUUGUAAAGCCUAUGCAUAAAAACAGUUCUAUGUAAUUAUUUAUUAAAAGAGCGAAAAAAAAAACACGAUCGCCAUUAUUAUGUAAAAAAGAUCCUAUAUACCAGGUAUACCAAGUACCUACUUGAAAACGUUUAUAUUUAUAAUAUUAUUUAUCAUAAACAAUUACUAGCGUUAUAGAUAUACAUAUAUAGAAUAUUUUUUUUAAAACAUUUAAAAAAAAAAAAUUAACGAUAGACCGCCGAGGACGUCAACGUCCUCAUCGCCGCAACAAUAGUCUCUUAUAAUAUUAUGAGUAUAAUAAUUAUUCCGUUCAAUAAUAUACAUAUUAUAAUAUACGAGUAUAUAAUAAGACGUAGGUAACCUAUCUACAGUAAUUUUUUUUCCUCAUCGUCUUCUUUUUUUUUUUCUGUGUGUUCGACGAACACGCGAGAGUCAAAAAUCGGCAAGUAUAUAUAUUAUUAUAAUAUAAUAUACGCAAACAACGGUAAUUCAUUUUUUUUUUAUUUUUUUUUUUUUUAGAAUUACCUAUCCACCGACUAUAGUAUUAUAUUAUAAUAACGCCCAAUUGCCGGAGGUGGUGGUGGGGCCCGGUGGCGUGUUUACAGACCCUAUCCGAAAUCGGUAUGAUGUAAAAUAUACGCGACCCGUCGAGGUUUUACAUUAACAAGAACCAAUGCGGUUUUAGGUUUACAUUAUAAAAUGUUCGAAGCAUUAUCGGACUUCGCCCGACAGUAGUCUUGUUAUUCAUACUGUUUAAAUCUAUUCAGAAUAAAUAUGUUACGUGUUUAAGUACUUGUAUAAAUUGUGGUAUUUGAAUACUAACUUUUAAAAGUAUUUGAAUAUAAAUACUUGUUAAAAAUAUUCAAAAUACUCUUUUCCCAAUACAUGUAUAUUGCACAUGUACAUCGUAUACAUUUGAUAUGCCUUGAACGAUUUAUACAUUUGACAAAUUACAAAUUAACACUUAAACUUAUUUAUGGAUAUUUAAUUCAAACAUUUAAAAAUUUAGCAUAUUAGCGUACUAUUUAAUCGAUAAUCAUUAAAGUAAAUGAGUUUAUUAUGUAGACUUAAGUUAAAUAGUUUGAAUUAUUUUAUUGAGCUACAACUCAAUACUUUAUUAUACUUCUAACAAUACGUUUUGAGGAAAUCGUAUUUUAAAUUCUUAGAACCGUUAAAAUAACUAAUUUUAUUAUUACGAUUUAAAUUUUAAAUUGUUUUAUUAUAAGAUAAAAAUACUAUAAAAGUAUUUUUAAAGUUUUCAAAAUACAUCUGUCGAAAAAGAUUUUAAAUUAUUUACUACACCAAAAAAGUAUUUGAAUACUUAACGAGACUGUCGAACGGAUUGGUUAAAUUUUUCCAUUUCCUCUAUCCGCUUUAGGUACUUAAAUCCACGGUGGCUUGCCAUUGGCAGUAGACCUAGUAUAACUAGUAACACUUGGGGCCAGGUGCAUUUACAAAAAGAAAUUUCAGUAGAGGUUUAAGGUUGUACACUUUCAUCCUCUUAUAACAAAGAAGUUUACAUACUUCCAAUUGUAGGAUUUUUUAUUUUUCAUUAAAAAUGUCAAUAUUUUAUAACAUUCAUUUUUAGCCUUUUAAGGUACCUAUUACUAAAUUUUACAUUUGAUAUUUUUUUUCUGAAUACAGCCUAAAUGAUAACGCGUAAAUAACAUAUAAAAUCUGCAUGUAAUAAAUACAAAUAAAAAAUAAAUAAAUUAUUGUGAUAAUAAUGCGGACUAUACAAUAUCAUCGUAUUAGUUUUCUAAAAGCAGGAAAACCACAAAAAUUGAAAAUGACAAUAAUAAUACAUAUGUAUCUACUAUAUCUAGCGAUAAAAUAAAAAUAAAACCAAAAUUGUAUUUAUUUUCCUCAUUGAUAGAAACCACUUUUGAUACUCCAUUAAAAAUUUACUUUCAUCAUAAUUUUCAUGAAAUUUCGAAGAAGGAGGGAGUUUGAAUCUCUAAAUCCCCCCCCUCGUACAUUCACCUGUCUGGGGCACAAACUUCCUUGGAACAGUAUUGGAGGAUUUGAACCCACAAGUAGGUUAUGUUUUGGAAAACUCAUAAAACUUUCGAAAAAUAACCUCCUAAAACCAACUCUGUUAUACAUUUCGGCUCGGGCCGAACUUGGAUAGGGUCUGUAAACACGCGGCCCGGCGCACCGCAUUGUAGUGUUAUUAUUAUAAUAUUACCGAUACCGGUUGUGUGUGCGGGUCGAUCGGAAAUUUCGCACAGGUUUAGGUGCGACAACACGUAGGUAUAAUAUAGUCUAAAGAGUCGCAUUGAUAGACGCCGCAGCCGCCGACAGGAUACCGCACGCGAAAAAAAAAAUAAUAACGCGAGUAAUAAUAUAAUAAUAUGACGUCGUCGUUGGUAGUCUAAAGAAAGAACUGAACGCGUAAAAAAAAUAAAAUAAAAUAUUAAUAACGCGGCACAAAUACAAUCCCGAGGCGUUGUGCUCGCGAAAAUCGCUGCACCGACGGCGGUCGGGACCGCCUGCACUCUGUCGUUUGACCUUUCACGAAGACUUUUUUUUAAAUAUUAUACAUUUUUUUUUUGUGUGUAUAUAUAUUUUUUUUUUACCAACCGAUAACAAACGCUACGCGAUAUAAUAAUAAUAAAAUAAUCACUAUUCAGAUCGUAUACAUACAUCCUCGCGCAUUCGCGUAGCUACCGCGGGGGCAACCGAGGCAAUCACCUCGAGACGUACAAUUUUUUAAGGGGCUUACGUGUGCGAUAGUAGGGGCGUCUCUAGACCUUGGCAGGAAGGGGGCGAAAUAAUUAAAUUUAAUAUUAAUGAUUGAUAAGAAAAAAACGUGACAUAUUUCGGUGAACCACUAUUAUAGAUAAGAAUUUGGGAAGGUAGGAUAUUGAAGGAAAUUUAAUAUAUAAUUAUAUUUAAGAAAAAUUUAAACAUUGGCAACAAAAAACGAUUCUGAGCGGAGCUCGGUUAAUAGUAUUGCUCAGGGGCGUCUUCGGAUCAGUCCCAUGGGAGAGGGGAGCGGUGAACAAUUUUUACUCUUGAAUACCACCGUUUUUGUUAACAAAAACUUAAAACCUUUAUGUCUGAUGUCAUUUAAACUUAUAUUAGCUUAGAAGACUGCAGAUAUCAACGUAUCAAAUGCAGUAAAACAGUACAAUUUAAGAGUUAAUUUUUUUUUUUUUACAUUAAAUAAAUAAUAAUUAAAAUAAUGUUAAUGUGAAUAACAAAAAUAAUAAUGAUAAUAAUAAAUAAAAGUUAGAUGACCAAGUCCAAAAUACUUCAAUCUUAAGCAGCGUUUUACAAGCGGUUUAAUCAACAAUAUUUUCUAUAUUAAUGUUUUUAUUUCGAUGAAUAUUUAAAAGUGAUAAGCCAAUUAGCCUUUGCUCAACAUUUUUUUUUUAAUACUAAGUACAAUUUGUAAUGAACAUCAUAUUAAAUUCUGAAGCAUUUUUGUUUCAUUUCCAAAUUUGAUUCUAAAAAUAUGUUGUUUCACUAUAUCUUUACAAAUUGAUUAUUUCCACUUGGUUUUCCAUAAUUCUAUCUCACCCUUAAGAGAAUAUUUAUUGAAAUGAAUAAAUGAAGUGUUUCAUUCUUGUUUCAAUCAAAGUAUUUCCAAGAUCCGGAAUCAUCUUUCAACCAGUUGAAUUUGUACUUAAGAAUUAUGGAUAUUUUAUAUCACAACAAAGAACAUCACACAGCUUAUGGGAGGAAGGGGUGGCGAUCGUCCCCGUCCCCCCUCAGAGACGUGUCUGUGUUAUAGGAGCAAUGCAGGUGAUUUAGUCAAGUAUUCGGUAGACAAAUAUUAUGGUUAAAAUCUAAUCAAUGUAAACGUGCACGCGAAUCAGGCCUAAUAGCUAGUUCAUGGGUCGAUUUAAUUGGCUGCGAUUCGUGCGUCACCUGACUCGCCUGUAGCGACAAACUUAUAAAACUGAUAACAUUAUAAAUUUACCAUUUAUUUUAUAUACAUAACAUGUAUACAUAUUAUAUUUACAUAUUUAUAAAUACUGUAUACGCAUACUAUAGUGCAUAGUGUACAUUUAAUCAAUAACUAUGUUAAACGAUUAUUAUUGGUACAAAUUAAUUCAUAUUUUCAUAAACAUAUGUUGGAUGUAAAUAUUUAAUAUCUAUAUAUGGCAUAAAAUGUAAAUUUACGUAUAAUUUAAAACUAAAACGAAACAUUUAAUGAGAUGUGUCCAUCUUUUCCAGAAAAACAAAAAUCAUUCUAUCAAACAUACAGUCGCAGCAUUGUUUUGAUGACAAAGAGAAAAAUUUCUAUUUUCUAUUAUAGAAGUGAAAAAAAUAUUCACCGCAGGGCGUUUUAAUGUGCACCUAGGCCACUGUCCUCGCGGUUCUUCGCGCCGCAAUAAUAAUAACAAUAUCAUUAAAACGACGGCGUAAUCGAAAUUGUUAGCCUUGACACAGUAAGGGGAGGGGAGAGGAAAUUUUUAAAUUUUUGAUAUUUAUCUAAUUGGAAAAAUUGGUCGAAUAGGUUUUAUCUCGUAUAAAUCGUUUAAUUUGUCGAUGUAAUCUUGAUAAGAAAUUACGCGUGUAUACUCUUUGUAUAAUAGGUUCGUUGCAAUUUAUGACACUCAUACAAUGAGUACAUACAUACAGGUUAUACGUUAUGAUGCUCAACGUAAAACACUCAUUGUCCCGGAAAGCAUUAAUUUUGUAUGGAAUUUGAUUUUAAGAAACAGGCAGCUCUAAAACUUUGCAUUAUUAUUAUUUAUUUUUACCCUUAUUUUUUGGCGGUGAAAACACUAUGAGUUACUUACUUUAAAUCUCCAAAUGUAAUAUGAAAUUAAAAAAAAAAAAUUUCAAAUAGUAACCUAUAUUACAAAUUCCAUAAAUAGAUGAAAAUCUAGUUUCAAUAAACUACGAUAUUGAAACAGGUUGUUAUUUGAAAAUUGAAAGUAAUUUAAGAUUUUAGAGCUGCGUAUUGUUUCUAAAAUUCGGUUCUGAAAACCGUUUUGCGAAAAAAGUAAAUAUUAUGUACUUUCCGAGAUAACGAUUGACUUACGUAAUGUUGAUCGCUCUAUAUUAUAGUCAUAGCCAUUUUCCUCCAAAAAUCGAUUAGUUUUCUAUUAUUGUCCAUUUUCUUCCGGAAAAUAUAUAUGAAUCUAGCCAUUUUCUUUCACUACGUUAAUACGAAAUUGUCAAUUGUCAUCCUUCUAAUUUUUGUAUGGGUAUGCAGCCAAUAAUGUUAUUCAGGAUAUUUUUAUAUUCAGACAAAUACUGGAUAUCAAUCAGUAUCUAUUAACAAUAAUAACCUAUAAAUUAAGUUGAUUAUAAACUUUUAAAAAUAACUUAAAAAUGACGUAAUAUUUAUUAUGAUUCACCAAUUCGUUUUCCAAUAACACGACGAUUUAUAAUUUAUACGAUAUAUAAUCGAAAACCAAUCUGUUAUUAUUUACUAUUUUUUGGCGUACAUUUGAAAUCAUUCGAACAAAUCUAAUUACCAAACUAAAAUGGUCGAGAUAUAAUAAUAAUCAUCAAAUAUAAACCAAAACUGAACUCACGUUUAUUUAAAUUGAUCUUAUGUUUUUCUUUUUGGUAAUAAUAUAAUAAUGACAUUUUAAUAAUAUGGUCAUGCUGUUGCUGCAGUUUGCUGAUUAGCCAAAAAAAAAAAAAAAAUAUGAUUUAUUCAAAUUGAGAAGUGUAAACAAUAAUAUAUACUUCUAUCGCCGAAAACGGCAAUACUGAUUUUAAUUGUUUCUUAGAAAACAAAACUUUAUUUUACUAAAAAAAAAAAAAAAUACUACGUGUUACGGUAUUAUUUCUAUAAUGAAAAUUGGCGUGAUAAUUGUUAAAUUUAAUACAGGUUACGGGUGUUUAUAUAUUAUACACUAUUUACACCAUAAUUUCUAAUAUUUCGAUAAUAUUGUUUCUAUGAAUUUCCUUUAUAUAUAAAUGAUUGGUUUUUUAAUUCUGAACAAUAAUACAAAUAAUUUACUAUAUUUAAUUACUUUAUUUAUUUACUAGUAUCAACCAUUUUAAUAAUUUUGUUUUUACUUUAUUAUUUUAUUAAUUAUUGGUAGUUGGUAAUCAACUUUAUAUCUGGACACUACUACCCUCUCCCUCAAAAAACAUUCCCGGCUACGUGCCUUCGUAGGUCUAAUUUACAUUGUUUGUGGACCUUUUUUAUGGUACAAGCCAGUCUGUAUUACGUAAAAGAUAUUUCAUAUUCUGUAUUACUACCUAAAUUUGAAGAGUAGUUCAAGUAUUUGUAUCUUUUGUAGUUCAGUACUUGUUUAGAAUAAUUGGUGUGUUUUGUAUUUUUAGUAUUUAGAUAAAAUUAUUUUACCCAUCUGUGUAUAUAACUUGUGGUUAAGGUGGUAAAGGUAUUAAAAAUGAAUGUACGUUAAUCGUGGAAUAAAAAGUAUGCGUAUUUUAUAGGUUUUAUAUUUUGGUACAUCAAGUCACAGAAGACCAGGAUUUGUCGGUGACCGUCACGCCGGCUAACAUCACUAUUUUUUGGGAGUUGUCGUUCCUGCCGCCGCUGAAAAAUGGAUCAUUUCAAAAACGUGAGUGUCACUAGGCAGCUGCAGGACGGGCCUUAUUGACUAUUAUCACCAGUGGCGUACCCAGGAUUUUUGAAUGAUGGAGGCUAAAAUAAAAAAUUUAUAAUAUAAUAAUGCCAACAAAAUAUGUUUAAGUCUAUUUUAUGAAGCCUUUUUCUUGUGGCUAAAUUAUUGCUAAGUACACAAUUGUAUAUAAUAACUACUAAAUAUUAUAAUUCAUAUUUAUAUAGUUAGUGGAUUUAGUAGUGCAGAUGUCCAAACGUACAAUGAUUAUUAUUUUAUUAUUAUAAAAUACGUUAAAACUGAUGACACAGAUUUUAUUAUUUGUUUACGUUUUAAUAUGGCCAAUUUAGGGGCGUGCUGGUAGGGUACUCCACUGACCAUCGUCAAUAGUAUUAUAAUCUAUUAGUACUAUAACUAAUAUAUUAUAUUACUACUACUCUAUCACUAUUAAUUACGAGUUACUUGUAUAUACAUUAUAGUGGGAACUGAUAUGCCGCCAGGACAUACACUCAUCAGUUAUACCGGAGUAUCUAUACCCUUGACGUAUGACCACGGAAGAGCUUACAGCGGUCUCUAUGUGAUGACCGUCCAAGCCGAAGACGACGGUUCGCUGCAGGAUAUAAAUUUAAUAUUUAUUUAUGUGUCACUCAAACAGAGGUCACCCGUGGAACAGUUCGGUCUCCGUCCGAACGUGAUAAAAAUCAAAAAAGGCGGACAAAAAAUCAGUUUAAGAUGGAAUCUCAGGUAAUAAUGAUAGUCUUAAAGCCAUAUAGCUUUUCCAUCCGAUUUCACUCGUGUAAUAUUUUUGCCUAUUAUCAUCUGUCAUCGCCAGUUCAGUUGAUAACGCGAAUUCCACAUGAUGGUGUAGUCGUAGUGCAAUAUUAUCUACACGAGUGUAAAAAAAAUGACAGUUGAUUUUAACGGUAUGCCGGUUUUACAGAUAAAUAUAUAUAUAUAUAUUAUAGAUAGCUGACUGUAUAUUAUUGUGUACUCAAAUAUUACGCCAGCCGUCAUUUGCGGGUAGGUCAACGUUUACAAAUUUUUACAAACUGAUGUUAUCAAUUUAAUUUAAGUAAUAAGUAAACGGUCAACGUUUUUAAAACUUUGUUUUCAAUUAUUGCCUGGUGGUUUGAACACAGAAUAAGCUGAAAUAGGUAAAAAAUUUAUAUUACCAACAUCGUAUCAGUACUUUAGUCUUUAUAUUCAUGUUUUGAUUUACAUGAUUUUGUGUUAAGUGUAUACAAUAUGGUGUAUCGGUGUGCUCUAGGAGUGUUAAUUCGUGUACAAACCGUUCAAAACCAGACGUACAACUAAACUUAUAUAGUAAAGAACUAUAUUGGUUCGAAGAGAUAUUUUAUAUUAUAAUGCAGAUAUUUGCUUUUGUCGUUCAGUAAUUUUUUUUUUUUUUGUACCUCCUUAUGUUUAAUGUAUACAUAAAUGGACCCUACACUAAAUUAACCAUUUGUAUUCAAAUAAAUAUAUUAAUCAUUUAAUUCAUUAGAAUAUUGAUAACAAAUUAUUAACAUUAACCUAUCUGCAUAUGGUGGCCAAGCUCCCCUUAUUUUGCAAAGCCGGCUAUCUAGUGUAAUGUAUAAUAUUUAUCUGUCGUUGGUGUAGAUUAUAUUCUAUGUAUAUUUUUUAUGCGAUUUGGACUUUAGUUUGAUAACUGUUAUCUAACUAACGAUAUAUUACUAUAAUACUAUAAUUAUGUCCCAUGGCAUCAAACCAGGUACCCAUAAUACUCGUGUAGUAUCAUACCAAUGACCACGCAUAGUGAAUAGUGUAUACCUAACCUGAUACCUACUUAUUAACGUCUACUCGAGAAUAAUUUGUGUUUAUCAUUGUGUUUAUUUACAGCUUUAUAGAUCAACAUCUAAUAAAAUACUGUCUGGUGGUGAGCACUUCAAAAAUAUACACAAGUCUGUACGAAGCCGAAAAUCGUUUGCAAAAAACACAAAAAUUAGAUUUUACGUCGAAUUAUUCGCAAGAUAGAUUUGAAAAACUCGGUGGUGAUAGAUUAGAGGUAAAUGCCUAUCGUUUAUUUUUUAUUUUUAUUAAAUAUUCAAACAAGUUUAUCGUAAAGAAUAUUUAGCUUUUAUAUGAAUACUUAUAUCAUAUGUAUAAUAUAACAAGGACUAUAAAAGAAACCAAUUUAAACUUGUAUCUGUAAUAAAAAAAAAAAAAAAAACGGUAAUGGAGCGUCGAACUCCAAACCUAUUACAAUAUUUUAUUUUUUUAUAAUUUAUAGGUACAUCAUUUAGGAAAUAAUACUAACUACACGCUAACAGAUUUAGUUUAUGAUAAAACGUACUAUUUCACGGUGUUCUCGAUAAAUGGAUCGCAAGUAGCCACGCAAUAUGUCAACACCACAUUCAAAUUUCAAAGGCCCAAACCCAUUAGUUUAAAAGAUGCCAAACCUAAAACAGUGAACCUGAGAGCACAAAAUGGAAAAGCGUCCUUCCGGUAUAAGGUUGGUAUUUGCUCCAAUAACUAGAAAUUAUUCAUUAUAUUCUUAAUUUAUUCGUGUUACGUGCGAUAUUCGCUAUGUUAUUUUUUUAAAUUUUAGAUUGGCCAAAGAUCACUGGAAGGAGAAAAUGAUCUUAAUACGUUAUACUGGUACGUGAUGCCUUGCGGCGGAGUGGUCAAUGUUGAGAUUCGGUGUAGAAAAACGUUGCUUUUAACCAAAAGAAUUUUCGGUUACGAUAAAUUAGUCUUAAACAACACUAAUCGAGGAGAAAGAUACGUGCUAAAGGUGGAAACCGUCUCAGUAGACGAGACUCAACGUGUCAGAUCGAUUGAGGUUAGUAACAUAAGUAGUUCUGUUGUUUCGGACGGAAAACUCUUUGAAAAAAUUGGUUUUUUAUUUUAAUAUAAAUUGAUUUGUAUAAAAAAUACAUAUCAUUAGAAACAGUAGGCAUAUAUCGUCAAACAAUUUUAAUUUAGACGUUUGAUAAUAGGUAUACAAAUUAACAGAGGGGUUCUAAAAGAUACCGAGUUUUUUUUUUAGCUUAUUUAUUAACUGAUUAAACGUAUGCAUAAUUUGUGUCGUUCUAUAUCUAUUCUUGAAAUAGGUAAUGGCCACUGUCCGGCCGAAGAUGUUUCCGAUGCCAGACAUGCCGAACGAUUUAAGCAUCCGACAAUACUCUAAACCAGACGAUUGUAAUUCGGUGACGAUCGGUUGGUUGCCCGCCAAGUCUUAUACGGAUCUACGGUAUUGCGUGUACGUACAGCAGUACAACUAUAAUAACGGUGUAGAUUUUGCAGUCAAGCCGGACCAAUGCGAAUCGUCGUACGGCAAUUAUCAUAAGAAACGCGAUACCGUUAACAAUUACCGAAAGACGACGAGGUGCUACAUCGGUGAAAAAGAGUAAGUAUACAUGAAAAUCGAUUAAUAUAGGCGCCUACCUAUACAAUCGAUUAUUAGUAAUAUAGCAAUAAAAUAUUCCGGUAUUAUUUAUUUUUCGCGCAGGAAGGUUUCAGUGCAAAAGAUAUUGAAGCUAAAAUCGUCCACGACGUACGUCAUUAAAGUAACGGUUACCAAGCCCAGAGGAAGGACGCUGUCGUACGAUUUACUGAAAUUGGAUACGAAUACUUGCGGACCGAACUGAAAGACUAUAGAUUAUACUAUUAUGCUACACAAUAUUCGCUGAAAAUCGACAAAAGCCAUAGGUAUUGGCGAGAAUGCCAUCAAUAAUAAAAUUGGCGUUCGUCGCAUCUUCUUCAUCCUGUAAUCCUUCAUAUAGUAUUAUUACGUUUAAACAUACUUUGUACCGUAAACACACUAUUUUUGUAGAUUUUAUUAUUUUGUUACUAUUCAUUUUACUACCUAUAUUUAUUGAAUAUAAAAUCCACGGUACCACGGUGUUAACAAAAAAAAAAAAAAAAAAAUAUGUAUAUAUGUAUACGUAUAUAUAAUGUAAAACCAAAAUAAGGAAUGCGGAACGCCCUGGUGUCGUCCGUUAUAUUACAUACUAAAAGGAACGUAGCGUGUUCGACAAUAUGUAUACCUAUACAAAAAAAAAAAAAAAAAAAAGAUUAAACAGGUAUAGUUAAUUUAAAAAUACCGAAAACCAAAAUGAAUUAAGUCCCUACCUAAUUUGGGGGGGUUACACUUAUUGUAACGUAUUGUAUCGACGAGGCGUUAAUGAGUCGGAAAGAAAACAUUAAUAAUAAUGUUACAUAACUUGCAUCGCGUUAUAGGUGUCGUGCGCUCGCCUUGGUGCACGGCGUAUAAAAUACACUUCAGGAAUUCGAGUCCAUUAAAUUUCGGGUAUUGUGGCGGCAACGUGGGUCGCUGGGAGGUACUGUAUUAAGAGUUAGUGAACUCGAAAUAAAUAGUAUGGAGAGUAACCUUCAGUGUAGUUAUUAUAAUCUAAUAACAAGCUCCAGAUAUUUUUUCCCUCAUUCCGACAAGGGAUGUUUACGCGUCUAUAUACCGAUAGACGACUCGUUUUCACUUUCGAGAGUUAUUAUUAUGACACAGGUACCAUUAUAACAUAGGUACGCCUAAAAUAUAAUAUAGACGUGUACAUAAAAUAUUAAUUGUAUUUUCUUUUGUUUAAAAUAUAAAAUGUAUACUAAGCAAUCCAAUUAUUAUUAAAAAAAGAAAAAGAAAAGAAGUCUUCCG